GUCACACCAGGAAUCAGUUUCCCAGAGUUCACUGCUGUUGGUCUGGUGGAUGGAGAACAGUUUGUGUACUAUGACAGUAUAAUGAGGAAGAGGAUCCCAACAACGCAGUGGAUGAAGAAGAGUGUGGGUGCAGACUACUGGGACUUGGCUACACAGACUGUGCAGGGUCAUGAGGAGAACUUCAAAGUCGAUAUUGGUACAUUAAUGGAGCGCUUUAAUCACACUAAAGGGAUUCACACAGUACAGCUGAUGUACGGCUGUGAGCUGCAUGAUGAUGGAACCAAGAGAGGAUACAUACAGGAUGGCUAUGAUGGAGAAGACUUCCUCAGUCUGGACCUGAACACCCUCACCUGGACUGCGCCUAAGCCUCAAGCUGUUAUUACCAAAAACAAGUGGGAAGUCACUGGCGCCAAUGCUCACCAAUGGAAGGGCUACCUGGAGAACACCUGUAUCGAGUGGUUACAGAAGUAUGUGUCUUAUGGAAAAGCCACUCUGGAGAGGAAAGACCCUCCUGAGGUGACCCUGUUUCAGAAGGACUCCUCUUCUCCAGUGGUGUGUCAUGCUACAGGUUUCUUCCCCAGAGAACUGAUGAUCUCUUGGAAGAAGAAUGGAGAAGACCUGCAUGAGAACAUGGAGCUCAGAGAGACGUUACCCAACCAGGAUGGAACCUUCCAGAAGAGAAGCAUUCUGACAGUCUCACCCGAGGAUCUGAACAAUAAUAAGUACACCUGUGUAGUUCAGCACAGUGGACUGGAGACACAUUUUGGGCUUCCAUUUCAGCCAGGUAUGACUGAAUUUCCAGAUAGCAAAAGCAUGUCAGUUGGAGUCAUCGUUGGUGCAAUUCUGGCUGUUCUUCUCCUGCUCAGUAGCUGUGCUGCAUUCUUCAUAUGGAGGAAGAAGAAGAAUGACUUCAAGCCUGUUGCAGCCUCUGAUGGAAAAUCAUCGUCCACCAGCUCAGAUGAAGGCCAACCAUCUAAAUGCUGAGAGGAGAGAGUGAGUCUCUGUUUACACUGAUGUGUCAUAUCCAGCACUCUGUUUCUAUACAGCAUAACCAAAGUCUAAAGUG